GCAUAGUGCUGAACAUUGAGAGAUAAUGCUGUACUCACAUACUUGUUACUAAUUAAUGGAUCCUGAUAACAAGAGAUUUGGAAGAGGGCCCAGAGAACUUACAGGUGCUGUGGAUCUUAUUAGUCACUUCAAAUUGUUGCCUCAUCAGGAGUUCUUCUGCAAGAGGUCACUUCCGUUGUCUAUUUCAGAUACCCACUAUCUUCACAAUGUGGUCGGGGACACAGAAAUUAGGAAAGGGGAAGGGAUGCAGUUGGAUCAGCUUAUACAGGAUACUUCCUUGUCAAGAGAGACGAGUUCCCGCAUCCAGCCAUUUGACCUAGAUGUUCUUGGUGAAGCUUUUCGACUACGUGAAGCGGCUCCAGUGGAUCUGCCUCCUUCUGAGAAAGGCAUCCCUACUGUAGCUGGAAAAUCCAAAAGUGAGUCGAAAGACAAGGAGAAGAAGCAUAAAAAGCACAAAGAUAAGGACAAAGAGCAUAAGAAGCACAAACAUCGUCAUAAAGAUCGAAGUAAAGACAAGGAUAAAGACAAAAAGAGAGAUAAAAGUGUUCAUCAUGAUUCUGGUGCUGAUCUUUCGAAGAAACAUCACGAGAAGAAAAGGAAGCAUGAUGGAGAGGAGGAACUUAAUGAUGUUCACAAACACAAGAGAAGCAAGCACAAGAGCUCAAAGAUUGAUGAGAUUGGUGCAAUAAAGGUAGCAGGCUGAAAUAUGUGUGUGGUUCUAUCAUUUGUUUUAUCCCCAGACUUUGCAAUUGAGAAUUUGGAGGGAUCCUUUACUUAGUAUUGUGAAAAAUCAGAGGUACAGAAGUUAAUGUCAUGCUAUAUCCCAUUAAUUGAAGAACUUAGUGGCUUGCCCUGUUGCUUUAAUCUUAUAUUUUCCACACUGGUAAGAUUGUUCCAUUGAGUUCACAGUUUAGUCAGAUUGCACCACGCUUUGUGCAUAUGUGAUUUUGCUUUUUAUAGUGGUAAUUUGUUUUCGUUUUCUGAAAUACCAAGUCAACUAACAAACACAUUAACUAUCUUUACUGUGUUAAGGGAGCAGCAUAUGAAGAAUCAGGUAUACUUUCUGUGCUUGCGUUAGGCAUCUAAAUUAGUAUUUCUCCUCCUUAAAAGCCAGAUAAAUUUAUCUUAGUAUUUAUAUCUAGAUACAUGUUCCUUCUUUAAAAUGCUAAGUAGUAUAUCUUCUCAAUAGAUUAAAUCUUAAAAACAUCAAUUGGUCAAAAUAUGGUUGUGGUAAGAGAAAUAUUUGACAAGUUGUGGCAGAACUCAACAUGCAUAUUAUCCCAAUGCCUGACUCUAUACUAAGCUGAGGUGUAAAAUAAUCAUAUUUGUCUACCUUGCCGUACAUGUAAACUAGAGGAUAAAAGGUUAAAGUUGGCAAAGGUUAGUUGGAAAGGAUUGAAAC